CUCCAUCUGGCUUUACGUCUUCCGGGUCGGGUUGACUUCCCUUCAGACAGACGGCGGACACCAGCGAGGAGAAGAAUGCUGGCCACCAGAGCACUUAGCCUUAUUGGCAAACGUGCCAUUUCCACAUCUGUCUGUGUACGUGGGGGACAUGGUGUUGCUAAAGUGGAGGAGUACACUCUUCCUGCCUACUUCGAUAGACGGGAGAACCCUCUUCCAGAUAUCUGCUAUGUGCAGAAUCUGAGCCCCGAGCAGCAGUCCCUGAAAGAGAAGGAGAAGGGCUCCUGGGCCGCCCUUUCCAACGAUGAGAAAAUUGCUUUGUACCGCAUCAGCUUCCACCAGAGCUUUGCUGAGAUGAACAAGGGAUCAGCCGAGUGGAAGUCUGUGGUCGGAGGAAUUUUCUUCUUCGUUGGUUUCACCGGCCUGGCCGUUCUCUGGCAGAGGAAAUAUGUGUAUGGCCCUGUCCCACACACAUUCGAAGCAGAGUACAAGGAGAAGGAGCUGCAGAGGAUGCUGGACAUGAGAAUCAACCCAGUGGAGGGGUUCACAUCCAAUUGGGACUACGAGAAGAAGGAGUGGAAAAAGUAACUUGACCCAGAGGACCAUGACCCAUUCUUGAAUCCGGUGGAAGACCAACACAGAUUUCCAACAAGGCCUAUAUUUCUGUAUUUAUCAGUUGUCCACAUUACCUCAUGCUGUACAUUUUGGAAGACCACUUCCUCUUAAGGUCAUUGUGUAAUAUAGAGACAGGAAUAAAACAGUCUGACGAAA